UCUUGCCUUCAGAUACAAGAUGAAGAGGUCCCUAUUAAGGAAGUUUCUACUUGUUGGUGGUAUUAUCUUACACUGGCAAAACACUUUGGCUCAGACUGAGCCUUCAGUCGGCGUUUGCGAUGAUGACUCAGAUUGUAUAGAAAAUGCAAAUUGCGAUGUCGAUCGAAACCAGUGUUUCUGUGACGAAACUUCUGCAGCUGUUGUUGUUCUUUCAACUGGUAGCCUUCCGUUUUGCAAAGUGGGUGCCUGUUUCCUAAGAAGCACAGAAGACGUAUGUGGUCCACGUGGACAAUGUGAAGUUAUUUCUACCGUUUUUGAAUUCCCCACCUGCGUCUGUGAAGAGGGCUUUUUUGGAAUAAGAUGCAACGAUCUCUGUGAUAGGGACAGUGACUGCAAUGGAGGAACAUGUGUUGAAAAGGGGGGACAGAAAGUGUGUGACUGUCCACCAGGUGCUGAGGGUAGCCAAUGUCAAGUAACAACAACUACUCCUACAUCAAUGACGACCACAAGGAGAAACCGACUAGGGGGCGUGGUUUUAGCUGUUGGGGGAGGUAUCGGAUUACUAGCACUCCUAGGAGCUGCAGCUGCAACCUCAGCUGUAUCCGGAUAGCAAAAUAAUCGUCAUUGACACAGCUGUAUUCAGACAGCAGAAACCAUCUUAGAGGAAUGAGUUUAAUCUACAUGUUAGAAUUUCGAAAAUAAUAAAAUAAAAGUUUUAAAAAAACCAUC